UGUCUUUCUCCCACACCCACAUUUCCACACAGAGCCACCCCUCUCUUUGUAGCGCUAAACUGUAACCAGCGUUGUAGAAAGCAUAAAAAGAUGACAUGAACAGUGUUUUUCGUGUUCUUUACCCUCUCAACUCAUCCAUCCCCUCUUACUCUGCCACAGAACUCCACCAGCCAGGUCCUGCCCCCACUCAAAAAGAUGAUCCAGAUGGCAGGGGAAAUCGCUGAUGGCAUGUCGUACCUAAAUGCCAACAAAUUUGUCCACAGAGAUCUGGCUGCCAGGAACUGCAUGGUAGCUGAGGACUUCACUGUGAAGAUUGGAGAUUUUGGCAUGACCAGAGAUAUUUAUGAGACUGAUUACUACCGUAAAGGAGGGAAGGGCUUGUUGCCUGUUCGCUGGAUGUCUCCAGAGUCUCUAAAAGAUGGCGUGUUCACCACAAUGUCUGAUGUCUGGUCAUUUGGUGUUGUGCUGUGGGAGAUUGCAACCUUAGCAGAACAGCCUUACCAGGGCAUGUCCAAUGAACAAGUGCUGCGCUUUGUCAUGGAGGGAGGACUCUUGGACAAACCUGACAACUGCCCUGACAUGCUGUAAGUCCUCUUCACGAGAAAAAACAAAAUGACACAAAAACGGUGUCAUAUCGCUGAUUUUAGACCGUCCAGGUUUAUGUUCAAACACCCUUGAAGGAUGUAUUGUUUUAUCCUCAACUGCCACCGCCUUGCAUGCCUUCUGUCCCAUUAAUAUUUUGCCUUUUAAGUUGUGGUUCUAAGUGUGAAGGAUAUCAUGUGGUGUGUGUGCCAAGAUGAGGCCGACAUUAACGUCACGGGUUAAAUGUGGCCCGCUGAUGACAUGGUCGCGGUAGUCAGCUGGCAGCAUGAAGCCUCCUCAACCGUCAGUCUCGGCCCAUAGAAGGGAUGCCAUGACCCGUGUGUGAAAGAUGCCCCUCAUUCCAGCUGCUGGGAACAGGCAUGAGGAGGGCAAUGGUAUCUGUCAGUCAGUACAGAGAGACGGAGAGAUGAAAUUAAUUAAAUUAUUUAUAAUUCAUUAAUGAAUCACCUUGGCUGUUAAAGGAGAGAAAACACAGCAUGCAGCU